UCGCAACCUCCAAACGGUCGUCCGGACGGGGCGCUGAUGACCACGACACGAUGCGCUUCAACGAGGCAGACACCGAUCUGCUGAAAACGUGGACCGUAGCCAAACUCGAGCAUGUCAGCGACGCCGACGCCGAUGUACUCGCCGACUAUGUGCUCGCCUUGGUCACCACCGACGAGCCCGAAGCGAUCGCGAAGGCAAACUGCAUCGAGAAUCUGCAGGACUUUCUCAACGACAAGACCGAAGCAUUUGUCCAUGAGCUGUUCGCCGCCAUUGCUACAAAGUCCUACGACCCAUCUCGCCCUCCGCCGAAACCAUCGAAACCGACUCAUCAACCACCGCGACGCGCGAGCAUCGAUCCGCCGCUGCAAGUCUUCAACCCGGGCGUAAAGCGAGGCUAUCACGACUGGGAUCGGGAUGAGAACCAGACACAGCAUCAACAGACUGACCGCCCCAACAAGCAUGCUCGCCGCGGUGCUGGCGCGGGACGCGGAGGACGAGGUGCUGGGCGAAACAACUACCCACAGCCGCCUGUGCCACCGGCUGGCAUGCCGCAGUUCGACCCGACCAACCCCAUGGCAUCUUUCAUGGCCAUGGCUGCUGCCAUGGGCAUGCUGCCACCCGGUAUGCCUGCACCGUCUGUGUAUGGACAACAGCCUGCUCAGGAACGCUGCCUAGACUUUGAUACCAAGGGCUUCUGCACAAGAGGCGCAAAGUGCCCGUAUGAUCAUGGCAGCGAUGCCUACGUCGUACCCGACGACCACAAUGCGGGGGGAUUCGAUACUGGCAACGAGCUAUUCACUGCACACAAUGGCACUAGCACGAAGCAGAAGAGCCCAGCUUCUAAGAGAGGCAAGGGUCGGGGACGACGCGCCGAAUUCUCUCUGCAAGGCCCAACCCACGACUCGACUGUCACAACGAUCGUUGUUGAGCAAAUUCCAAAGGAACAGUUUGACGAGCAGAGCGUGCGCGACUUCUUCUCAGAAUUCGGCACCAUCGAGGAGGUGACCAUGAUGCCAUACAAGCGCUUGGCCAUUGUCAGAUACGACAGCCACGAAGCCGCAAGCGCUGCCUAUAACAGCCCGAAAGCUGUCUUCUCCAACAGAUUCGUCAAGGUGUAUUGGUUCAAAUCACCUGAGAGCUUGCCUCAGCCCAUGUCACAUGAAAUGGACGGCGACACAGAAAUGCAGGAUGAAACUCCUGAGAUCGACAUUGAGGAAGUUCGGAAGCGGCAGGAGGAAGCUCAGCAGCGGCAUGAGGAGAAGCAAAAGCUGAUCGAAGAAGCACGAAAGAAUAGGCAAGAAGUCGACGCCAAGUUGCAAGAGCUGGAGACCAAAAAGCUAGAGAUCGCCAACGAGCUUGCCAAGAAACAAGGCAAACCAGUCGUAUCUGAGCGGACGCUUCAAAUGAGAGAACAGCUGGCCAAGCUGGAGGCCGAAGCGCGCACGUUGGGCAUUGAUCCUGAGGCCGUUCCUAUCGACUCGACCUGGUCAACGCCGCAAUAUCACGCACCCGGGAGAGGUGGCUACAGAGGUCGUGGCCGCGGCCGAGGCGCGUAUCGCGGGGGUUGGUCAGGUGUCGGCAGGGGUGGUGCUGUCAAACGUCUGGACAACCGGCCCAAGACUGUCCUUGUUGUCUUCAAGAAUGGAACGUACGACACACACGAAGGAGCCUUGCGCUCCUGGUUUCUGUUCAACGCAGCAGAGAAUGCGUUGCUCAAUCGACACCACGACAAACAAGACGCGGCCUUGGUCACUUUCGAGCAGCGUUAUCAAGGUGAAAUUUUCAUGGACGCGACACGCAAGACUGACUUUCCCUUGCAUGGUCAAGUCGAGUUGUCGUGGCACACGGGACCAAUUCCAAGCAACGGCUCGCAUGAUACUGACAUGAAGAUCGAAGAGCCUUCCGGUACUGCGGAGGCACAGCACGACGAUCCACCCAAGGUCGAGGACUACGAUGUGGCACAUGAGGAAGAUCGCUGGGGCUGAGCAAAGCUCUCUGCUCGUCUUGAACCUCGCCAUAAACAUUAUCGUUACAUGACAAGCCUCGAACAGCCGCCCAGGUGGAGUUCGGCUCACUCGAACUGUGCCGCUGUGGCGCAGCAGAGCCUUGGCCCUG